AUGAAGACCUCUCUGUCUCAGACUCUGUGUCCAGAGUGUGAUGAAGUCCUCUCUGUCUCAGACUCUGUGCGGCUGGUUGGAGGCUCUGGUCUCUGCUCUGGAGCACUGCAGAUAUGGGACCAGUCCUGGAUCUCGGUCUGUGAAGGGGCCUUGGACCUGAGGGGAGCAGAGGUGCUGUGCAGGGAGCUGGGCUGCAGGGGUCCUUCUGUCCUCCAGGGGGAGCUCUCUUCUCUGGGGCAGACAUUCCACUGUGAAGGCCAUGAGUCUGCUCUGGUGGACUGUCCCCGCUCCAGACCCAAGACCUGUCCCUCUGGACCCAGUGAGGACAUCAUCUGCUCAGAGCCGCUCAGGCUGGAGGGAGGAGCCAGCCGCUGUGCUGGGAUCCUGGAGCUCAGACACAGAGGAGAGUGGAGACGAGUGUGGCCUACUGGAGCCUGGCCCCUGGAGCAGACAGCAGCUGUGUGCAGAGACCUGGACUGUGGGUCUGCUGUUUAUGGCACAGACGUGUCUGGUUUACCACAGAGUCCUGUGUGGAGGGUCUCAGAGUUCUGUGGGAGUAAGUCUCCAGUGAGAGACUGUGCUGUGCCCUCUCCCUCCUCCAUAUCCUGGGGUCUGAAGAGUAUGAUGAAGACCUCUCUGUCUCAGACUCUGUGUCCAGAGUGUGAUGAAGACCUCUCUGUCUCAGACUCUGUGCGGCUGGUUGGAGGCUCUGGUCUCUGCUCUGGAUCACUGCAGAUCUGGGACCAGUCCUGGAUCUCGGUCUGUGAAGGGGCCUUGGACCUGCGGGGAGCAGAGGUGCUGUGCAGGGAGCUGGGCUGCAGGGGUCCUUCUGUCCUCCAGGGGGAGCUCUCUUCUCUGGGGCAGACGUUCCACUGUGAAGGCCAUGAGUCUGCUCUGGUGGACUGUCCCCGCUCCAGACCCAAGACCUGUCCCUCUGGACCCAGUGAGGACGUCAUCUGCUCAGAGCCGCUCAGGCUGGUGGGAGGGGCCAGUCGCUGCGCCGGGACAGUGGAGCUCAGACACAGAGGAGAGUGGAGACGAGUGAGGAAGACAGGAGGAGUCUGGACCGAGGAGGACUCAGCUGCUGUGUGCAGAGACCUGGACUGUGGGUCUGCUGUUUCUGGACGUCAGAGAGAUGGUUUUCCAGUCAGUCCUGUGUGGGUGAUCUCACCUGACUGCAUGAAGAGGAGGAAGACUAAAGUGAGAGAAUGUGUUGAUGACGACACUUUCUCCUCCUCGUUUGGUGUGGAGGUGAUGUGUUCAGACUUACUGAACCGUCCAGUCCUGUCCCUCUCUGUGACUGUGGGGGCCUCCCAGGUCCAGGACUCCCAGGUCCAGGUCUCCCAGGUCGGGGUGCAGGUGGUGCGUGUGCAGUUGGGGUCUCAGUUCUCGGUCCAGUGCUCGGUGAAGCCUCAGUUCCCAGGAGGCUCCUUCCAGCUGCUCUCUCCCUCUGGGAACCAUACCCUGCCUGCUGUCAAUCACUCUGCACACUUCCUGUUCAAUCACACUGGCCCCGCCCACAAAGGAGACUACACCUGUGUUUACCACCUACAGGUGUUCAACCACAGCUUCACCUCCGAGAGCGAGAGACUGGAGCUGAGGCUGGGAGUUCAAAGGUUUAACCCGAUCAUCAGAGUCCUGAUUAUUCUACUGAUGACUCUCCUGUUCAUCCUGCCACUGUGCUACUGCUGCUACAAGUUUGAUUUGAGAAGUGUUGUGGGGAGAGGAUCCAGCAGACAGGUGGAGGGCUUCAUGCUGCUUAUGAUCCUCUCCACUUCAGACUGGGAGAUAUCCAAGAAGGAGCCCGGAGCGACCCGGGGGAGAGGGCCCAGAGGGAGGGUAGCGACCCGGGGGGAGAGGGCCCAGAGGGAGGGGAGCGACUCGGGGGAGAGGGCCCAGAGGGAGAGGAGCGACCCGAGGGAGAGGAGCGACCCGAGGGAGAGGAGCGACCCGAGGGAGAGGAGCGACCCGGGGGGAGAGGGCCCAGAGGGAGAGGAGCGACCCGGGGGAGAGGAGCGACCCGGGGGAGAGGGCCCAGAGGGAGGGGAGCGACCCGGGGGGAGGCCCGGACUCUGUGUCGAGAGUGUGAUGAAGACCUCUCUGUCUCAGACUCUGUGUCCAGAGUGUGAUGAAGUCCUCUCUGUCUCAGACUCUGUGCGGCUGGUUGGAGGCUCUGGUCUCUGCUCUGGAUCACUGCAGAUAUGGGACCAGUCCUGGAUCUCGGUCUGUGAAGGGGCCUUGGACCUGAGGGGAGCAGAGGUGCUGUGCAGGGAGCUGGGCUGCAGGGGUCCUUCUGUCCUCCAGGGGGAGCUCUCUUCUCUGGGGCAGACGUUCCACUGUGAGGGCCAUGAGUCUGCUCUGGUGGACUGUCCCCGCUCCAGACCCAAGACCUGUCCCUCUGGACCCAGUGAGGACGUCAUCUGCUCAGAGCCGCUCAGGCUGGAGGGAGGAGCCAGCCGCUGUGCUGGGAUCCUGGAGCUCAGACACAGAGGAGAGUGGAGACGAGUGGAGCCUACUGGAGCCUGGCCCCUGGAGCAGACAGCAGCUGUGUGCAGAGACCUGGACUGUGGGUCUGCUGUUUAUGGGACACAGGUGUCUGAUUUACCACAGAGUCCUGUGUGGGAGGUCUCAGAGUCCUGUGUGAGGAGGUCUCCAGUGAGAGACUGUGCUGUGCCCUCUCACUCCUCCAGGUCCUCUGGUCUGAAGAGUGUGAUGAAGUCCUCUCUGUCUCAGACUCUGUGUCCAGAGUGUGAUGAAGACCUCUCUGUGUCUCAGACUCUGUGUCCAGAGUGUGAUGAAGACCUCUCUGUGUCUCAGACUCUGUGUCCAGAGUGUGAUGAAGUCCUCUCUGUCUCAGACUCUGUGUCCAGAGUGUGA